AUGGAAGGCUUUAAAAAGUUGGCUGUAUUCAUCGGAUGGGUUUUAUUCAAUUCGGUCUUGACUUUCAUCAUGACAAAGGGCGUUAAGGUGGUGAAAGACGGACUUACUGGUAACCCCCUUGUCAACAUUUCAACACAAUAUGUCAUCAGUGGAUUCUGUUCUUCCAUCGUCAAAGGUGCCCUUUUGAAGCUGAAUGGAAGAUUGAACUCACUCAAAUCUUUCGCUUACCAUGUUCUUAAUUGGCUGUAUAUUAAGUCAAUUUCCGGUCAAAUUCCACGUAAAUUGCAGCAGCACAAACCUCUUUACUUAACCAAUGCUUCCAGUUACAAUUCAUUAGCAAAGGCUGUUUGUUGUUAUGGGUGGAACCAACCAUUAAAUGUGGGUUUUUCUUCUGUUGUAAACAGGACACUAUCAUGGAAAACAUUACGAGUUUCUCCGAUUGGAACUCACUCAGCACUGUGGAACAGUCUCCACUUCAGGAUUGAAAUUCUUCACCCUUCUGUCACUGUUUCGAAUGCUAUAGUUUUAAAGUCAUUGAAACCGUGCUGCGGCUUAUCUACAUACUUCCGCAUUCUACAUGACUCCUUUGUGGACUACACUGGAUUAUCCUUUUGGAACGAGGCUUUUCAAGCAAUCGAUUUGCUCAAAUUUCACGAGGAAAUCCCACCAAAAAGUGCUCUCUUGAGCCUUUUUAUUACACAAAAACACACAAACAUUUCUCAGGCAAAUUUUGUCAGCCUGGUACGAAAAGCAGAGAUGGGGCAGGUAGCAUCAACAUUCCAGCAACACAUUUUAUUUAUUUUCCAGCACAUAGGUCAUAUUUUAAUGCUUCAUGAUCCGAUUGUAAAUUUACUUUUCUUCCUCUUUCAAUUAAAACUGCCGUUUAUGCAUUCGGAUGUACCAAAUAUCCCAAAACCAAAGAAUUACAAGACUACAACAUGCCUUGUGACUACUCCGAAUGCCCAAAUGAUGAAUCCUAGGCACGAGUCAAGUACUAUAAAGUUAAAAGCUAAGAGUACCUCAAAAUUGAACAAUAAUAUUUUCCCUGGGAUUCCCAUAAUAUCAAAACAGAUCAUAAUGUUGCAAUAUCACUGGACCACCAAUUUGAAACGAGAACCACCCUUUAAACCACAUUGUUAUACAACAAUAUUAAAAUAA